GACAUGAAAAUGUGGUUGAUACCAUUGUAUUUUCUGCUCUUUUCCCACUUCUUUGCCUAUGAUUCUUCUGCUCAAACAAAUCCGUCCUGCCCUCCUGACCAAAGCGUUGCCUUAAUCCAAUUCAACAGCUCCUUUUCCGUUCGGUGCCAUGACUCUCCGUCGGCGUGUGGUGUACUAAACAGAAAGACGACGUCGUGGAAGCAAGGAACAGAUUGUUGCUUGUGGGAUGGGGUUAAGUGUGAUACUGAAACAGGGGACGUGACCGGCCUUGAUCUUAGUUGCAGCUGCCUUGUAGGCCUUAUCCCCUCUAACAGCAAUCUCUUCCGCCUCGGCCAACUGCGGGAGCUUGACCUUUCUAACAAUGAUUUCGAGUCCUCCCCGAUAACGUCCGAGUUCGGCGAUCUUAAAUCGCUCGAGAUAUUGUAUCUUUCUUAUUGCAAUUUAACAGGUCCAAUUCCAGCAUCUCUUGGUAACCUCACACAACUCAAAACUUUAGCUCUUUCACAUAAUCAGCUUAGUGGUCUUAUUCCAUUCUCAGUUUUUAACCUCCCACGAGUUGAAUUUCUAGAUCUUUCGUAUAACAACUUGAUCGGUUCUCUUCCUUCUCGAGUUAGUGGGCUUUCACGGAUUGUUGGUCUACUCCUUGAUCACAACUCUUUCAGUGGCAGGGUACCCUCUUGGUUGUUUUCUCUCCGAUCUUUGUUUAGGUUGGCCCUUAGUAACAACAAUCUCACCGGUCCGAUUCCGGAUCCGGUUUUCGAACUUGUGAACAUUACUCUUCUUGAUCUUUCUUCAAAUAAUUUGAGUGGCAGCUUUGAAUUGAACAAAUUAUCAAGGUUCCGUAAAGUUAUGAUACUCUCUCUCUCGGAUAACGCUUUGCUAUCGUUCACCAGUGCAAGCAAUCCCGAUUACUCUUUGAUGACCCUAGACCUUUCUCGCAAUAAGAUCCGAUUCAUCGAUGCCGAUAUGUUUGCAAACCUUACAAACCUUCAAGAAUUGGAUCUUUCACACAACAGUCCGUUAUCGUUUAGCAACAUCAACAACCUUACUCUUGUCUUGCCCGUUCUUAGGACAUUGCUCAUGUCUUCUUGUAAUAUAACCCAACUUUCAAAUUUCUUGACGACUCAAGAGAGUUUGACUCAUUUAGAUCUUUCAAACAACAACAUUCGAGGCCGAAUUACCGAGCAAGAAAACAAUUGGGGAAGCAGCCUGGAAAUCCUUGAUCUUUCUAACAACUUGUUGACAGCUAUAGAAUAUUAUCCAUGGAAGAAUGUCGAAACGCUUAAUCUCCGUUCCAACCUGCUAGAAGGGCCACUUCUGGUACCACCACUUUCUACACAAGUCUUCUUAAUCUCGAACAACAGAUUGACCGGAGAAAUUCCAUCUUCUAUGUGCAAUAUCGGGUUUGAUUCUAAUACUUUUGACUUGUCUCAUAACAACUUGAGUGGAGCAAUUCCAAAAUGUAUGGCCUAUGCAAAACUUGUUCGUUUAUAUUUGCAGACGAAUCAUUUUCAUGGAGUCAUCCCUGAUUUUUGUGUUGAGGAUUACAUGUUAAAUUCACUUAACCUCAACGACAAUGAUUUCGAAGGGCCGGUGCCUAAAUCCUUGGCUAACUGUGAGAAUUUGGAAGUGUUGAAUCUCGGAAACAAUAAGAUAAAUGACACCUUCCCCUACUGGUUAGGAACUCUUCCUUGGCUACAGGUUCUUGCCUUGCGAUCCAAUCAUUUCCAUGGUCGAAUAAGUCCUUUAAAAAACGGAUCGGAUUUCUCGAGUUUAAGAAUAUUGGAUCUCUCCUAUAAUGAGUUCUCUGGAUCUCUUCCAACAUCAUACUUCAAAAUUUUCAAAAGUAUGAUGAAUUUGUCUCAAGUUCAGAUGGGAUACAGGAGUUCAUACUACGAAGAUUCUGUGGUUAUCACAAUGAAAGGUAUCGACAUCGAGCUGAAGAGAAUCCUCACUAUUUUUGCAACCAUUGAUAUGUCGAGCAACCGAUUCGAGGGAACGAUUUCGGAAACAGUUGGAAACCUUAUAUCUCUCAAAGUGCUCAAUUUUUCUCAUAACCACCUCACCGGUCACAUCCCUUCCUCAUUAGGGAAAAUGACAGCACUUGAAUCUUUAGAUCUCUCAGACAACAAGCUUGCCGGGGGAAUUCCUUCGCAGUUGACCGACUUGAAUUUUCUUUCCACACUAAACCUAUCGGAGAACCAGCUUGUCGGACCAAUUCCUAAGGGGAAACAAUUCAACACCUUUCAGAAUGAUUCCUACAUCGGCAAUAUUGGAUUAUGCGGGUUCCCAGUUUCAGAAAGUUGUGGCCAAAGUGAACCACCACCGGCAGCAACUACUUUUGAUGAACAAGAAGCUGAUUCCGAGCUCGGAUUGGAUUGCAAAAUCGUGAUAAUGAGUUAUGGAUGUGGAGCGGUGUUGGGAUUUUCAGCAGGAUAUAUAAUGAUGACAAUCAGGAAGCCAAAAUGGCUUGUUGAAAUGGUUCAAAGAGCAGGUUCUAACAGGGUAGUUCACGAUGCUGACGGGAAAGUCCACGGUACUGACAUUACAAUCCAUAUGUCAUGUUUGAGUUCCUAUUUGCCAACGGAGAGUCACCUCUGCUUCAAGGUAUCCAUGUAUGCCGCGCUUCAAGAGUCAAACUCUCCGUUUCGCCGAAUCCGUUAUCUACGCCAUUCCUCUCAUAACCAGUCACCGAUCCGAAUCCCAAAUCCUGAACAUCAAAAUGAACGAAUUCAUCGAAGGACUCGAGCCGACCACGUGCUUGAAAGUUACACUCGAACAGCCAGCAGUAUUCCGACCCAAUCGAUGGUGUUCUGGUCUCCUCCGCCGGUGGGAUGGUUAGAGGUCAAUACCGAUGGUGCUAGAGCUGAUAUGGAUGGUCGUGAUGGUGCUAGAGCUGAUAUGGAUGGUCGUGGGUCGUGUGGGGAGCAAUCCGUGACCAUUUAG